UUGUUGCGGCAUUGAAGAAAUUAUAUGGAACUAGUGCAAAGAUAUGCACCUGCACAUGAAACUUGGAAUCUUUGAGAAACUCCAAAACCAGAUUAAUGCUUCCUAAGUCGUUACCAUUGAUUUGCCUGAAUCAAUCAUGGAGACCAAAACUGCUGAUCCAUUAUUUUCUGUCCAAACCUUGAAAGGAAGAAAAGCUCCACCAAGUCAAUACACAUUUAAAAUCAAGUCCUUCUCAUGGCUUUCCAAGGCCCCGGUACAAAAAUGUACCUCGGAAGAGUUUGAAGCAGGGGGUUAUAAAUGGAGUCUGUCUAUUUACCCAACUGGGAACACAAAAGGAGGUGGUGAAGGUCAUGUUUCUAUUUAUUUGGUGCUCAUGGACUCAAGUUCGUUACCUGUUGAUUGGGAGGUCAAUGCCAUUGUAAAUUUUUCUGCAUAUAAUUUUAUUGACGAUGAGUAUGUUGCAACUCAAGAUACAAAUGUAAGGCGUUUCCAUGUGCUGAAAACUGAAUGGGGUGUCGCAAAAUUCAUUGACAUAGACACAUUUAACGACCCUUCAAAUGGAUAUCUGAUGGACGAUACCUGCGUGUUUGGAGCUGAGGUUUUCGUUGUCAAGACCACGACUAAAGGCGAUUGUUUAUCAAUGAUUCAUGGUCCUAUCCCUCUUUCCCAUAGUUGGAAAUUUGAUAACUUUUCCUUGGCAAAAUUAGACAAGUACGAGUCUGAAUCGUUUGUCGGUGGAAACUAUAGAUGGAAGCUUAUUUUAUACCCUAAUGGAAUCGUUGAGGGAAAGGGCAACAGUAUCUCGUUAUUUUUAACUUUGGAAGUCUCAACUCUGCCCCCCAACACUAAACUCGUUGUGGAGUGCACUUUGCGCGCAAAAAAACAAAUCAGUGGGCAUCAUGCUCAAACAGGAUUUUGUCGUAAGUUCUCCAGCUCAAAUUCGACGUGGGGGACCAGACAGCUUGUGGCCUUGGCUAAACUUACAGACCCCAAUAGUGGUUUUUUGGUGAACGAUACUUGCAUCCUUGAAGCUGAAUUUACGAUUCUUGGCCUAAUGACGCCCCGAAUUGAUUGAUAUGUUUAUAAUAUGUUAUAUGUGUGCACAAAAUAAUACAAUCAUUUCCCACUAGAACUUCGUCUGUCCAUGAGAUCAUAAGAUCGAGAACCCUUGUAGUACUUGGCAAAAAAAUUAAGAUAAAACAAUUAAACUUGGCUCAAUUGAAUGUGCAUAAAAAAACACUUACUAUAAGUUAAUUGUAUAAAGUUCCCAUACUUCCCAACUUCAAGACAUUUGUGGCAAACCCUUGUACUGAAGUUGAUGAUGCUUUGACUGCAUUCCCUGCCACCAAAAUUCAUUCAAUUGGAGUUAUCUUGUAAGUUGUAACAGUAAAAUUCUGCAAAAACAACCAAGUACCUUCAA